CGGGCCUGGGCACUGACGGAGGCAGGGCGCCGCGGCGACUGUGCAUCGCAGGACACCACGGGGUGCAGGAGCCUGGAUUACCCCGGCGGGGCCUGGUCAUGGCCUGAACGCGCAGGAGAUCCCGGAAUCUGCACGGAAGAGGAAGAAGAACCGGGAUUCUCUCAGCCUGGCGUGGGCACCAGGUCGGGAGAAGAGUAGAGACUUCACCUGGCACAGGGCAGAGCUACCCGGAGCUUACUAGGCCAGAGAGCCUGGCAUCCCAGCAGCCGCGACCUGGGCUCCGCACGGCUCCUGGACCUGGGCUGGCACGGGCCUGGCAGAACAGGCCGUUGGCUCACCUGUCUGAAAGGAAGGCCGGGAUCUGAGGAGCCAGGACCAGGGGGCAGGGCUCUCUGGUGGCUCCGGGGAGCUGGCCUCCUGCCCCAGCCCCACGGGCACGGAUGUGCCGCUGUCCUCGGGAGCACCAUGACAGCAGGAUGACCUCUGCGGACACAGUGGCGGUGGCCGGCAGUGCUCGGGGGGCUGGUUCCCCAGAGUGGCCCCCCGAAACCCCCCAAGCCCCUGGCCGGCCUGGCCGGGCCCGGGUGGCCAUGGCAGCCCUGGUGUGGCUGCUGCCACCCGCGGGCUGUGGCUUCCUGCUGGCUGCCACCUGCCUCCGUGGCCUCAAGUCCAUCCAGCAGAGUGCCCUGCUGCAGGAGGAGCGGCUGGACGCGGUGACCCUGCUGUACGCCACCUCGCUGCCCAGCUUCUGCCUGCUGGCCGGCGCGGCCCUGGUGCUGGAGGCCGGGGUGGCCCUGUCGCCGGCUCCCACAGACUGCCGCCUCUGGGCCUGCAUCCUGCUCAGCUGCCUCCUGUCCGUGCUCUACAACCUGGCCAGCUUCUCCCUGCUGGCCCUCACCUCUGCCCUCACCGUCCACGUCCUGGGCAACCUCACUGUCGUGGGCAACCUCGUCCUGUCCCGGCUCCUGUUCGGCAGCCACCUCAGCGCCCUCAGCUACGUGGGCAUCGCCCUCACCCUGGCGGGGAUGUUCCUUUACCACAACUGCGAGGUCGUGGCCUCCUGGGCUGCCCGCUGGGGCUUCUGGCGGAGGGACCAGCCUGGCAAGGGUCUCUGAGGCCUGAGAGAGCGCCUGGGCCGUCGGGGACAGCCCCCCCCAGCCUGAACCCAACCUUGGCCAGUGGCCGUGGGACAAGCGGAGAGCAGGCAGCCACUGGGCCUUGGGAGGGCGAGGUGCCUUCGGGAAAGGCCACCUGGGGGGCUGCAUGGGGCCUCCCAGCGAGAACCCCUGUCCCUGCCUCCCUCCCCUCACCCCAGGUCCCGCUCACCACUGGAUGGUGGGUCCACGCCUGGCACACUCACUGUGCUUGUCAGAGUAACUAUUAUUAAUCCCGAUGACUACGCCGAAAACUACUGGCCAAACUUCGAGGACCUCUCCGUGUUCUGAUGACGACGAUGACGAUUCCUGGCGGUUGCACAAUCCUCCCUCCAGGAAGUGGGGGAGGCAGCUGGGGGGCCCCGGGACGGGCUUGUUGCUGCUGGGCUCCCCUCGGUGGUGGUGGUGGGGGGGUGUCAUCUGUGCCAAUUCCCGGCAGCUGCUGUAGCCUCAUCCCUGGACCCUCCAGUUUUGGGUCUCCCGCCCUCAAAUAAACUAUUUUUGCUUGUA